GACGUUGACGUGCGGACGGUGGCCGGGAGGCGUGUGGCGCUGUCAGCCCGCCUAUCGGGGCGGUGCUCGCCUUUGGAUGUCUGUCACGCCCCAGAGGACAUUCGUCGGGCGCUUGCUGUGUGCGCUGGACGGUGUGGGGACCCAGCGACCAGGGGGGACGGCGAAAUUCAAGGCUGAUACCCCAAGAUGGCGCCCCCAUCAGAAGGUGGCGCUGACGCCUUGCUGCCAGAUCUCCCCAAGGGGCCCCUGCAGGCCUACCGCUCCCGCGCCUCCUUCUGCUGGAAGGAGCUGGCGCUGUUCCUGGAAGGCGAGGAUGUGCUGCGUCUGAAGUGGGGCACUCCCCGUCUCCUGCAUUUCCAGAAGACCAUCUUCUCGACUUUGGAGAAUGACCCGCUCUUUGCUCAUUCGGGGGAAGAGCUGUGUCUGGAGAAGUGCCGGGAGCUGAACUUCCUCCGUUGCCAGCGCCUCUUGGAGCUUAGCUUCCUCUCCAUGGAAGACAUGGUGGCGAGCCCCCUGUUGGUCCAGACGCUCAUCGCCUGUCUGGGCAUGUAUGACUGGUCCCUGGGCAUCAAGUUCUUGCUGCACAUGCUGACUUUUGGAUCAGCGAUUUACAGCUCUGGUUCUGAAAGACAUUUAAAAUACCUUCCAAAGAUUUUCAACAUGGAGAUUUUCGGCUGCUUUGCGGUGACCGAGCUCAGUCAUGGCAGUAAUGCCAAGGCCGUCCGAACAACAGCUCACUAUGACCCCACAACUGAGGAAUUCAUCAUACACACCCCUGACUUUGAAGCUGCCAAAUUCUGGGUUGGCAACAUGGGCAAGACGGCGACACACGCCGUGGUGUUCGCUCAGCUGUACACGCCGGGGGGCCAGUGCCACGGCCUGCAUUCCUUCGUGGUGCAGAUUCGGGACCCCAAGACUCUUCUUCCCAUGCCGGGGGUGAUGGUUGGCGACAUGGGGAAGAAGCUGGGGCUGAACGGUGUGGACAAUGGAUUUGCCAUGUUCCACAAAGUUCGAAUUCCUCGCCAAGACCUCCUGAACCGGACUGGAGACGUCACCCCUGAGGGUACCUAUGUCACCCCCUUUAAGGACGACAAACAGCGUUUCGGGGCGUCCCUGGGCACCUUGUCCUUCGGCCGGGUCACCAUCGUGGGCAUGUCCAUUGUGAACUUAAAGUUGGCUGUCUCCAUCGCGCUCCGUUUCUCAGCUACCCGCUGUCAGUUUGGGCCCACAGAUGGGGAGGAAGUCCCGGUGCUCGAGUAUCAGAUGCAGCAGUGGCGCUUGCUUCCCUAUCUGGCCGCCAUCUACGCCUUGGACCACUUCUCGAAAUUGCUCUUCCUGGACCUGGCAGAGCUGCAGCAAGGCCUCGUGGGGACUGACCACGGUGCCAGGCAGGCAGAGCUCGGACGUGAGAUCCACGCCUUGGCGUCGGCGGGCAAGCCGCUGGCCUCAUGGACCGCCCAGCGGGGAAUUCAGGAAUGCCGGGAGGCAUGUGGAGGACAUGGCUAUCUGGCCGUGAACCGGCUGGGUGACCUCCGGAAUGACAAUGACCCUAACUGCACGUACGAAGGGGACAACAACGUCCUGCUACAGCAGACCAGCAGCUACCUGCUCAGCCUGCUGGCUCGCCACAUCCAAGAUGGUGCUCGCAUCGAGAGCCCUCUGAGGACAGUGGACUUUCUGGAAGCCUACCCCGAUAUCCUUGGUCGGAGGUUCACAUGCCUGAGCGUCGACAGCUGCUUGGACUCUGCAGAACAAACAAACCAUCUGGCAGCUCCUGGCCACGCGGGGUGCUCUGCUCUGGCGCCUCCCUCGUGGACACUGUGCACGCGGACUCCAUCUGUGCAGUGGCCACAGGACACAGGCCAGGCUGCGUCAUCUAUUUUUCCUGUGAGUGCCCUGGUUUUUGUAAGAUCCAACAAAGUGAAAACAUCUUCUGGAGGGAAAAAAAAUGGAAUAAGAACUCCAGCAGUGCAAGUGACACUGAAUGCUGACGUCACUGUCCACACAAACGAAGGAACUGGUGGCACGGGACUGGCCCCUCGUCUCUGGGGCCUGGGGUCCUCCGAGCCCAUGUGUCAGCCCUGGCCUCUACCCAUGGGAUCUGCCAUAAGGACGAUGUGAAAUCUUUACAAGCCUCGCACUCUGUGGGACCAGAGAUGGCAGCUCUCAGUACCGCGCAUAGCCUGUUGGGAAGGUCUGAGGGUUUUCAUUCAGGGGACAAGUCGUUUAUCUGGGGAGGGAGCGGGGGGGGGCAUGGUCCCUGUCUUUGGCUAUCUCUGGGUUUCUUUCAAUUCUCACUCAGGCGUGCGUGCUGAGGAUGGGCCUCACAGAUGUUCCUGUGUGUUUGAGAUCCAUACUGUCACUUGGCAACAUGAGGCCCGUUUGUUUUCCUCAAGUUGGCUGAUUUGCAAAAACAGUCAACGAUUGUGGUUCACCAUGUGUGGUGCUGACAGCUAUGUGCGUGUACAGGGUAGUGGGCUCAAGUCGCAUCCUGUUCCCUGGGGAACUUAGGCUCUGAAGUCGGCAUGACCUAGGGCUCGAUAGUGAACCUUUCUGAGCCUCAGUUUCCCCUGUAGUACAUGGAGGUGGGGAUGUGGUCAGCCCCAUGUGGAGCCUAGUAGGGCCUGGGCUGUGGUUCACUCUUGCCAGGGGCUGGCUGCCAGGUACCAGAGGCUGGCCGCCAGGUGCUAAGGGGGCCACCACUCUGAGCACCCCCGCAGGCACGACACACACAGGGAGAGCUUAGCUGUUUCCCUGGCAGUCAGCUCCGUGGCAGGUCUUGCACCUUUGGAGGAGGUUGUGUGGGGACAUCUAGCCACACAGGAGUGUGAGGGUGUGGGAACACAGACAGACAGCAGGCAACACCCAGACCUGGGCCGUGCCAGCCAGGGAGCUGGGGCCAGUCAUCCCCGCCUUGCCUUUUGGGCACACCAAGGUUGAAGAGCUCUGCUUUAGAGGGGGAGAUCAGCCAGGAAAUGGGCCCCGGGUGGAGGCAGCCUGGGAAGAAGAGGGGCAGGGUGGAAGGCCGGGGAGGUGGUCGGAGGGGGCUGGCCAGCCUUGAGGGGCUCCCUGAAGCACCUGGGCAGCAGGGUGAAGAGGUGGGAGGACGCUGUGAGUUCAGGUGUCAUUUGUGGAGUCUGGUGCCCUGUGGACAUGGAUGAGGCCCAGGAACCCCAGGACUGGGAGGUGGGGCAGGAGCGGCAGGUCUAGGGACCACUGGAAUGCUAUGGCAGUGACCCCUGUGGGGCAUGUGGGAAUCCAUAGUGACACUGAGGGGGCGCACCAUGUCCCAGCAGACGAACACGUGAGCACCAGCCGGAACCAGCAACUCUCCCAAACAAGGCACUCUCCCCAAAGCUGGCUCUGCUGCCCCCUGGCCUCUGGGUACCGCAAUAGUGUAGAACAUGGGGUGCCUUCCGGGUGCCUCCAUGUCUGUGUCUCACAGGCUCUUCCCCAAAAUGGCCCCGUGCUCUCGAGCUGCCCGUCCUGGGGGAGUGCUCGCGGGCCGCGGGUGCUUCAUUGUUACUGUCAUUUUUGUU